CCCGUCAUUUGUUUUGCUGUUCACAUUUGGUUUAACAUGCUGCAGUGUGUACAACUACGUUAGAGAAACAUAUCUGCAAUCAUCCACCAAUUACGCCAACAAAAUUGAAUGUGGACUUCUAGGGCUUUACGUUUGUGCUGUGGGAACUCUUCAGCGAAUUGCCGAUAUGCCGCUUUUCUUCUCCAGUCUAAUGCUCGGAAUUACACAAACUUCUCCCCUUAUUUGACUAUUUCGUCUUCAAACAUCUCAACUAAAACAAAACAGACAUUUCUGACAAAAACGUCUCUCCCCAUGGACCUAAGAUUACGAAAUAUUUCACUUUUUGGUUCAAAAAAUGAGACGACUGCUGUAAAUGUGACGGAACUUAGCAAUUCAAGUGAAACUGCGAACUCACACGAACUUAACUUUACGAACUAUCCUCCAAGCAGUGAAACAAAUUUAAGUGAAAAUUUGGACGCCUCUGUUUUAGGGGAACAUGUUGAAGUCGUUAGCCAAAGCUUUGCAGAACUUGGACUUGGUGGAUGGGAUUGGCCGCAUCAUUGGAUUCAGAGUAUGCUGGAAUUCCUCAAUGUUCAACUUGGUGUGCCCUGGAUACCUGCAAUUGCAAUUGCAACACUAACUCUGCGUCUUCUUGCUUUACCUGCUUAUAUAAGAAUGAGAUCUUUUAUAGCGCGAUCACAUAACAGUCAGCCAGAACAGAUGCGCUUACAAGCAGCUGCAAAAAGUGCGACAUCAAAAUUGGAGCAACAACGAAAAAUGUUGGAAUAUAUGGAUUUCUUGCGUGAAAAAAAUAUAAACCCUGUUAAAGCUUUGCUUUACCAACUUCCUAUUGGAAUCACCUUUUUAUCUUUUUUCUCUGCCAUGAGAGGCAUGACACAGGCAAAAGUCCCGAGUUUAAUGGAAGGGGGUGCGUUAUGGUUCACCGAUUUAACCAUCGUCGACCCAUAUUUCCUGCUACCCACCCUGUCGUGCACCUCACUAUAUCUACUCUUCCGUUUUGGUGGGGCAGCUACAGAAGUGGGGCCAAUGGCUGAAGUACCUUUUAUGCGAAAAGUGAUUCUGUAUUCUCCGUUUGUAAUGUUGCCAUUCCUGGUUUACCAACCUUCAAUUAUGUUCAUAUUCUGGAUAACGAGUAACACCUUUUCAUUCUUUCUUCUGCAAUUAUUUAAACGGCCAGAAGUAGAAAGGUACUUCGGGAUCCCAAAAAGGGUGGUCCAUCCGAAAGCACUAAUGGAUGAAAUGGCUACAAUGAUGAACCCAAUGAAAAUGAUGCAGAAAAUAAACGAGGAGAGAAGACUCGCUGAGAAUGCGAAGAUGAAGAUUCAGAAACACAUGGAAGAGAUAGAUCGAUUCUCUAAGCAGCAGAAACAAAAGAAAAGUCUUUAGGAAAUUUUAAUAAAUUAUUUAAACGAUUGGGUUGAA